AUGGUGCAACUAAUCUCGGAGUUCCUCGGCGCCGGCACCGGGACGGCGGUAGCAACCCUCGAAUGGGCCCUCGCCCACCUUGUCGACAAGCCGAAGAUGCAGGAGAAGCUCCGCGGUGAGGUCGACGACGGCGAGGUCUCCUGUGCAGGUGCAGGCAUGCCUUACCUGCAUGCUGUCGUGCUGGAGACCCUGCGCAUGCACCCACCGUUGCCGGUCAUCCUGCGCCAUAUCCAUGCUGAUGUCGUCGUGGUGCUGGUCGGAGGAAUGGCAGUGCCGCCGCCGGCCGGCCGACUUUUACGUGAAUUUCUUUGCGAGGGACAUUGGCAGGGACAACAAGAUAUGGAAGGAUCCCGACGAGUUCAUGCCAGAGCGGUUCCUGGCCGGUGGCGACGGGGAGGGCGUCGUCCCAUUGCCGGGGCCCAAGCAGAUCAGGAUGAUGCCAUUGCCGGGCAUAGGUUCUGCCCUGGCGUGGGCAUGACCAUGGUGAACAUGAAGAGCUUAUUGGCCGCUCUCGUGCGCGAGUUUGAGUGGGCGGUGCCGACGGGCACCAGCACUAUUGACCUCACGGAGCUGGAUUCCUUCUUCAAGGUGAUGAAGAAGCCGCUUUCCGCGCGUGUCACGCGGACGCACCAAAUCCAUCUAAAGAUCUCGUGA